ACAACCAUCAUAUUAGAAAAAGAACUCCAGAGCGGAACAUUGAAAACAGCACCUGAAAUCACUAACAAUGGUCUUUUGCGUCAAAACAUUACAUGGAGUCAGUCCUUUGCAUUUUUUUGCUUCUCUUCUUUUUAUUUCUUCAGUGCUUAACACGUGGACGGGCACUGAAGGCUGGUCAUACCAUCACUCAGACGUCACCAUGAACUGGGAAAACGCCAGAAAAUGGUGCAGGGAGCACUUCACGGACAUGGUGGCCAUUCAAAACAAAGAGGAAAUUUCUCAUUUAAACAGCGUCCUGCCAAAAGUCACAGGGUAUUAUUGGAUUGGGAUACGUAAAAUUGAUGACAUCUGGACCUGGGUGGGAACCAACAAGAUACUUACUGAUGAAGCUAAGAACUGGGCAGGUAAUGAGCCCAACGGGAAAAAAAAAAACGAAGAUUGUGUGGAAAUAUACAUUAAAAGAAACCCCGAUGCAGGCAAAUGGAACGACGAGUCCUGUUCGAAGCUAAAGACUGCGUUGUGCUACACUGCAUCCUGCAAAGAAGACUCCUGUGUCAGUGGUCAUGGACAGUGUGUAGAGAUGAUAAACAACCAUACAUGCUCGUGCUUUGAGGGAUUCUAUGGAGACAGGUGUGAGAAUGUUAUAAAAUGCAGGUCGGAGGACGUCACCACACCAGAUUAUGGAAGUGUCCAAUGUUCUAAUCCUAAUGGGAAAUUCUCAUAUGACUCUCAGUGUGAAUACUCCUGUGAAGCAGGAUUUAAACUACAGGGUUCAAGAAUGAUGAGAUGCACCGCCACCACAGAAUGGUCGAGCAAACCACCAAGCUGUGAACUUGUUCAAUGUUCAGAGCUGAUAAAACCAAACAAUGGGACAAUGGAUUGUCACCACGAUUCCAAAGGCAACUUCAGCCACCAGACCACCUGUGAGUUUGCAUGUCAAGAAGGAUACACGUUAGGAACGUCCAGCUCCACUACGCUGUUUUGUAAGGCCACGGGACACUGGAACGAUUCACAACCCAGCUGUGAAAUUACAAAAUGCAAGCCGGAGGACAUCACCGCACCAGGUCAUGGAAGUGUCCGAUGUUCUAAUCCUAAUGGAAACUUCGCAUUUGACUCUGUGUGUGAAUACACUUGUGAGGAGGGUUAUGAACUAAAGGGGUCAGUUACAACAAGAUGCGACGCCACAACAGAAUGGACAAAUAAACCACCGACCUGUGAACCUGUUCAAUGUUCAGAGCUUAUAAAACCAAACAAUGGGACAAUGGAUUGUCACCACGAUUCCAAAGGCAACUACAGCUACAAAUCCACCUGUGAGUUUGCAUGUCAAGAAGGAUACACGUUAGGAACGUCCAGCUCCACUACGCUGUUUUGUGGGGCCACGGGACACUGGAACGAUUCACAACCCAGUUGUAAAGUUGUAAAGUGCAAUCCGGAUGACAUCACCACUUUAUAUCAUGGCAGUGUCAUGUGUUAUAAUCCUAAUGGAAAUUUAUCCUAUGACUCUGUGUGUGAAUACUCCUGUGUGGAGGGUUAUGAACUGAAGGGGUCCAUUACAACAAGAUGCACUGCCACCACAGAAUGGACAAAUAAACCACCGACCUGUGAACCUGUUCGUUGCCCGGUUCUUGAGAAUCCAGCCAAUGGUCUCCUGGCCUGCAAUGACUUUUCAAGGUUUAGUUACGGAAACAAGUGCAGCUUCAGUUGUGAAGAAGGAUAUCGCCUCCAGGGGGCGUCAGAGAUCAGCUGUACAAAAACAGCAGAGUGGAGUCAUGAACCACCUGGAUGUGAAGCAGUGGAGUGCCCACAACUUCAUGAGCCUGUCAACGGACACAUGAACUGCACAUCACUGGAACCAGCCUUUGGCACUAUUUGCAUCUUCAGCUGUCAUGAUGGUUUCCAGCUUCACAGUAAUGAGAUGGUGAUGUGCAACCACAAUGGAAACUGGUCAGGGGAGGUGGCACUAUGCCAAGUUCAACCUGGACCCUCAGUACCAGCCUUUAAAGCAGUAGAAGUGACUCUUGGGGUUGCUGCCACUGUCGGGAGCUCUAGUCUGUUAUUAGUCCUUUGUAUACUAAGAAAAUUGAGGAAAAAUGCUAACAAGUUUGACCUGAGCAGCAAAUCUGACAUUGGGGAUCCACCACAAGUUUAUAAAAACAGUAUUGACAGUCUCAUAUAGAACAGAAGAGCAUUAUACUUUAUAGGGACCUCAUGUGAUACCCAAACAUGACCGGCAAAUAGUCUUCAUUCAUUGUAAUUUUUCUUUCCAAUGAAAGCUUUAAUUGUUUACUUGAGUAAACAUAUUGUACUACCGAUGUGAUGAGUGUAAAUUUACUGUAGUGUUGUUGUUGUUGUUGUUAUAUUUUUGUAAAUAUUUAUUCAUUGAUGGUGUAAUAAAGCUACUUGUGUAUUAACCUAA